AUGUUUGCCCUCGGCUUAGCGAUAUUAUUAUGCAUAGCAAGCUUGCUCCAAGUUGCUGUUGGCCAGCCUGUCAUCAGCCGUAUCGACCCCGCAAUUGGCAGUCUGGCCGGAGGCGCCAGGCUGGUGAUAUAUGGCAACAAUUUUGGUGACAUGUAUACCACCAGCAGGAGUGUUUAUAUAGGCCCGUAUCCCUGCAACAUAAUCUCCCACUACUCGAGCAAUGAAGUGCUCACCUGCGAAACCAGCCCGGGCUCAGCCGCUCUCAAGGCAGUCUUGCCGCGUGCGGGGCCACCGGGAACGGAGGUGUUCAUAUACGGCGACAGGACCGCGUACAUGAUGUAUCGCGAUUGUGUGGAGUCAAACUGGGGUGACAUGAAUUGUGUCGGCAGCAUUCUUUUCGGCGAUUACCUUUGCAGGCAGGACCCCGCCGACCCAGACUCGCCCAUCAUCAUGACCACCAAUCCGCGGCUUGGCCCGUACCUGUACCGUAUCGGGUGCACCAUGCCAGCGCAGAACAGCAACAACACUCAGCCCGCCCUCGGCAAGGCCGCCAGUUUGAAUGCGACCAUCCACUUUGAGGCCAGCAUGCGUGGUGGUGCACCGACUGCCCUCCCUUCGUCGUUCCUGUACAAUGUCGACAGCGUGCCUUACCAGUUUCAGCUAUACCCAGAGGUUACAGGUGUGUCGCCCGCGACCGGAUCGAAUGCGGGUGGCACCUUGGUCAAAGUCACCGGACGUGGGUUUCCCGACUUGAGGCUGGGCAUGAAUGAUACGAUUGCCAUCUCUAUUGCCGGUGUGCCUUGUGACAUCGUGAACAGCACUUACGACACGCUCUUCUGUGUGACCGGCCCUAAGCCUGCGGCCACGGUAUCCCCUAUUGGCGGGUUGUACCCUGCAAUGCGUGGCAUCGAGUACGAGUUUUAUAAUAUCUCGCGGCUGUCAUAUGGAAAUCUUUGGCAGCUGAACAACACCAUCAAGGUGCAGCCUUUGAAUGGCUCUUACCGUGCCGUGCUGACGGGUUCCUGGGAAGGAAACGAAUAUUCCACGCCGUACUACUGCAGCCGCAGCAAAGCGUUUUUUACAGCUCCCCGCGCCGGGAACUACAGUUUCUACAUGUCCGCAGAUGACUAUGCCCAACUGAAUGGGACAUGGAAACAGUCCAAUGGCGCAUUGGUAUCGACCACACUCAUCAACCUUCAGUCCUGGACGUAUAUUGACAACUUCUUCCAAAGCCCGUCGCAGCGGUCACUGGAGGUCACCCUGAACGCAGGCCAGAGUAUACUUCUGGAGAUGAACCACUGCAACGGCGCCUCUGUCGGUUUUACGCAGCUGGCCGUGCGCAUGCCAGUCCCAGAGCCGCGGCUGAACUCAUUACCAGAAAUUCAGAAGAUCUCUAUCUCUGCGACCUUUUUUCCUCGCUCAGUUGCCAUCAAGUAUCUGUAUGGUGAUGGCGCCGCCGUGACUGCCUUCAACAUCACCAUCAGCGCCCUGAAUGACACUGCCCUGGAUGACCCGCAGAUCGGACUGUAUGUGCAGAUCAACGGCGGCUGGGAUAUUGUCCUUCCCUUGGGUGCCACCACCGGUGCAAUGGAUGACCUGGUGGAAGCCUCCCUCGGUGGAAACUUCACCAAGAACGACACCUUGUUUGGCAUCCGCAAGACCCGCGCUUAUGGCACGCUGACGCUGCAGAUGGCUGCUUUGGAUGGAUCCAUGGGAAGCUUCAAUGUGACUGCAGCGAGAUUGGUCCUCCUUCCCCCGCCGCCGCCGCCCAUGGAUAACACAUGCCCUUCUAAUAGCAGCGCUGCUAUCAACGUCACAUCUAUGUAUCCUCCUCCUGCGCCUCAGGCACUACAGAGUGCUGGUACUGGCUUUACGGUUAAUGUCUCACGGGCCCAGGCGGUCCCUGCGGUCGUUCCUACAGGCGACUUCCUGUUGGGGCUUUACGGCAACGCUACUACAUCCCGGGUGUCAGCAACUGCCAACUCCACAGCGAUGGUUGCUGCAAUCCAAAAUGUGACUGGUUACAACUCCAAUUACUAUUCGGUCAACGUGACGAAUGCACGUGAAGGUGCCUAUUUUGCACGCAUCUGGAACAUCACCUUCACCUACUCGUGGUUGGACAACGUACCGGCACUGGUGGUCGGGCCUUCAAGUACGACACCCCCGGGCGUAUUACUAACAAUGGAGUCACGUAGCGCUAGCCCGCGCCUGAAGGGCUCCUUCAAGGUGGCCUUUGGCAGCAGCUGCGCAUCUGUGAAAAUCAACCUUGGAGACUCCUCCGAAACCAUUGAGGCCGCACUGGGGAGCCUGCCGGGCCUGGCGCCACCGAAGCAGGUUGAUGUCUCAGGCGACGGUACCAGCGGCUACGUUUACACCAUCACCUUCGACCCAAUCAAUAAUCCUGGAGAUCAGCCGGAGCUGCGCAUUGCGGAUGCAAGCGACCUCCAGGGUGUGAACCCCACGGGUAGCAUCACGACUGUGUGGAAUGGCACCACUGACGCCUUCUACGCGCCCAUCCCGACGGAGUUUCUGCGCCUGGCUGUUUCGCAACCUGGGACCAUCAACUUGCAAGUCAACGGCGUGCCAUCGGCUUGUGCGGAUGCAAGCGGCAUCUGUGGGUUUUUGUACUCUGAUGCUGCCACCCCACGCAUCACAGGCGUAUCACCAACUAGACUCGCAUUCAGCAGCCAGGCGAGCUUGCCCCUUACCAUUACUGGUUCUGGUUUCAGCAGUGGCCCCAGUGUGGAGGUCCGGGUGGGCACGGCGCUGUGCAAUGUGACAUCAGUCACUGCGACCCAGAUCACCUGCAACGUCCCAGACACGGCGCCUGCUGGCGUCCGGCUUGUUUCAGUGAACGUGGCUGGCCUGGGGUUCGCGGACGGCGCUCCAAAUGUCACACUGGAGACGCUCUACGUGACUGGCUCUGCACCCUCGCCGGCCGUACUGUCCUCCGCGGGCAUAUCGGUGCUGAACUUCACAGGCAAGGGUUUCGACUACGUUGAUUGCGCGAACAACAAGCUGACCAUCGGGGGCGUGCGAUGCAGCAUCAUCAAAUGCCAGCCUAAUAUGCUGACGGUAAUUUACCCUGGCAACAAUGGGGCGAACGCCGCCGCAGCAUCCGUAACGGCGGAGGUCUACGAAAAAGGGCAGUUAAUAGAUUCAGAUACACCCUCCGGCCUGACAGUCAGCGUUUCAAGCUCAGCACCGUCCAUCAGCACUGUAUCACCUGCACGCCUGCCGGGUGCAGGCGGUGUAAUCACAUGGUCUCUUACUGGGGCGACAGCAAGCCAGGUGAUCUCCGCGUCCAUGGUGCCGUUCAUCUCCUCUUUCACCAACUACACGGAGGCCUCGGUAGCCUUCCAAGAGCCAAUACCGUGCACUGACGUCACAGCAGGCAGCUCAGGCACCUUGACGUGCAUCAGCCCGGCCCUGCGCAACGGCCGUUACCACAUCCUCGCAGUUCUGUCCUCGGGCUUGCAGCUAUUGUCGUCCGAUACUAUCCUUUUCGAGCUCUUCAUCACCAGUGUCUCACCCAAUCUGGGAAGCAUCGGCGGCGGCACUACCCUUACCAUCACAGGUUCGGGUUUCAGCCAAGUGGUAUCGGAGAAUGUCGUUUUCAUUACCGUUCCAGUUUCGACAACAUUUCUUAACGGUGUUGUCCAAUGUAUAGCAACAUCGGUCACAUCAACCACCUUGACGUGCAAGACGCUUCCAAACCUGGCCGCUGACGCGAGCGCUAAUGAUCCUUUUGCCAAGCAAGUGAUGCCCGUGGACACCACCCCUGGACGCGCGGUUUCCGUUGUUAUCUGCGACUCCAGCUACAACUCAAGCUUCUUGCAGGAGUAUUGCUGGUCACUGCCAGAGACGGCCCGGGCGCGGUGCGAUGCAGCAGGUGCCGCCACAUGUAAUUUUGGGUACUCGACCGAGCUGACACCUGCUGUGGACUAUCUGUACCCGAGCAGCGGGAGCCUGGGGACUCGCAUCACAGUCGUGGGCAGCUACCUUAACAUGGUGACCGAGGUCCAGUUCCUGCAGGGUGGCGUGCUCAAGGGCGCCGGGAGUAACAUUAUCUCAAGCCGCACGAACGUGUCCUGCGAUGCUCCCGAUCUGCCACCGGGUGUUUACACGAUUCUCCUGCUCAAGGCGAACGGCGAGAAGUCCGUGGAUCCGUAUGGCAAAGGUACCUUUACCUUUACGGCCUCAAUCGACAGAUUAACCAGGAAUGUGGGGUCGCUUGCGGGUGGGCUGCCGCUGGUGCUUUCAGUUGGCGGCGCCGGCCUGGCCGUCGGUCCGGACAACUUGACCGCCAAUGCGAUAACGAUUGCUGACUUACCUUGCCCCAUAUUGUCGGUCAAGAACCGCACGGAAGUGACCUGUCGUGCGCCAGGCAUGAACGGCUACGUGUUUGCUGAGUACUGGAAUUUGGGAGUGUCAACAUCCUCCAUGCCCGACAUCUUCAGCUUCACAAAGCCCCAUAUUUCCCGGAUUGAGAAAGGGACAUCUUUCUCGUGGGGUACCAUGUCGCCAGAGCCGGGCGUGAUCAACUUUGAUUACUGGGCUGCUCGCUUUACCUUUUACUACCAGAUUUCUGUAACGGAGAACGUGACCUUCUACAUGUAUGCUGAUGAUGAUGCACGCCUUUACAUCGACGAUGUCCUGGUUGGCGGUCGCAAUACCCCACUGGACACGAUUCUGUACCCUGGCCUGCGCAAAUUGGUCGUCACGCACGUGGAGUAUAAUGGUGGGGCUUAUCUCUCUGUGGUGAUCUCGAGAAGGCAACCUAAUGGAGCGCGCGGACCCUUCGCUUACUUGGAGUGGCAGAAGGUUACACCGGUACCUCCAGGAACGCCACUGCCAGUCAAGCUUACAGUCAACGGCAUUGACUCCGUGACACAGUGUCCCGUCACCAACCUGACACUUGUUCUGCCAGGCCAGCCGAAGGCGCCGUUUGAGCCGUCGUGGGUGCAGACGCCCAACAGAACAUGCUCUUAUGUGUACUCAGUUUAUCGCACACCGUCACUGUCAGCAUUGAGCGGGAUUACGUUGAGUGGCAUCAUGCAGCCCACCUUCAACAGCACCAACACAACCUUGAGCAUCUUUGGCGAUUUCCUGACGGACCCAAGCCUACCCGCCGCGUCCCAGAUCAGCGUCACUCUGGCCAACCGGCUGUGCAGCAUUGUUGGUGUCGCACCGGUGACGGUCAACGGCACCAACACAACCAAUAUCAACUGCACGGCGCCCGCCUUGCCGGCUGGGCAGUGGCCUGUUAGUAUUAUGGUUGAGGGCCUGGGUCUUACACGCCCCACAGCGACAGCUGCGACGGACUUGCCAAUCGUAACCUAUACGGUCAGGGUUCUUAGCUACACCUUUAACAACCCCAACUCCAAGUGCUAUUUCUCCCUGUUUGGUGGCGGCACCUUCAACAUCACCGGGUAUGGGUUUGUGAAGGACUUGGUCGAUACGACACUUCAAGUCAACAUGACGGCUGCGUGGGAAACCGUCUUUUGUGGCUCAGGCUUUUCGAACUCGCCACCGUGCCAGGCUGUCAACUCGUCACGCCUGAAUCUUGUGCCGCUGGCAAGCGACGGCUUCACUGCAUCAUUUGGGCUGACACGCUUCAAGGUGCCUAAUCCUGAAGCCUUCGCCGGUAACAACAGUAUCAGCGGAGUCAACUUGCGGUAUAAGCCGCGGGUAUAUUACACGAGCAACGGCACAUACGCUGCGACUGCGAGCAUUGAGCUCCUCUACUUUUGUGGUGGCCGCACGCCCGCCCUGUCUGGCGUGACGCCUUCAUCUGCACCACCCGACGCUGGUGCAACCCUGUCGCUGACCUGGUACUUAUCGGGAGUUGGCACGCUAAACAACAUUAUCACGGCACCGGCUGCUAAGAACGGCGCCAGCAAUGCCACGGUUGAGUUUGAGGUCGGGCCGACGGUGCUGCCCUGCCGCAACCCAGUUGUCACGGAUUUCAACAUCACCAGCACCACCUAUCGCGAGGCGAUUUCCUGCACCAUGCCUGCUUACAUGCCAGCCGCGACUUAUACGCUAUGGCUGUGCAUCCAGCCUUUUGGCUGCGGUCUUUUGCCUGCUUACACUAUACCCCUGACCAUCAGUGCUAUGUCUGCAACUACUGGCGGGAGUGCUGGUGGUAUUACCGUGGUCAUUACCGGCAAGGGGUUCGAUACCAACACCACGCUUGUAUCGGUGCGCUUUGGCAACAGCACAUGCAAGGUCAUCAGCAGCACCGCUACAUCGCUGACCUGCGUUACCGGUCCCCUGGACACCAAGCCAGUGAGCCCAGUGACGUGGCCGCUGUCAAUUACGCCCACUGCCGGCACCAACGAGACCACCCUGUCGAACUUCACUUUCACUUUUGACCCAGCCCUAGAGUCGACAGUGAGCGGCAUUGUCCCGGCGCGCGGCUCCACUGAAGGUGGCACACCCGUCACUAUUACGGGCGCAGACUUCCGUACCGGCGUGAGCACCACUGUCAGCAUUGGCGAUGUCGCUUGCCAGUCGGUUGUGGUCGUCAACAGCACCGCCAUCACCUGCACUACCGGUAAGCCGCCCAACAGCAUCCUUCGAGUUCCGCUGCCGGUGACGGUGCUGCAGCAGGGCCGUGGCUAUGCACGCAGCUCGGCUCAGUACCAGUACAUCGACGUGUGGAGCCGCAACAGCACGUGGGGUGGUGGACCCCUGCCCGGCUACGAGGACUCGGUCGUAAUUCCAGCUGGCGUGACGGUCCUCCUGGAUAUCAGCCCGCCGAAACUUUAUGUGAUUGUCUUGGAAGGCAACCUAGUUUUUGAUGAUACCAAGGACUACAUUAACCUGCAGGCUCACUACAUCAUUGUUAAGGGGGGCAAUUUCACCAUUGGUAGCGCAGAGAAGCCCUACCCCGGCCGCGCCAACAUUACCAUGCAUGGGGCCCCAAAUAGCAGGGAUCUUCCGAUGUAUGGCGCCAAGGCACUGGCCGUGCGGCAAGGCGUCGUCACCUUCUUCGGGCAGCCCAAGAUCCCGCAUUAUACCAAGCUGAACCGGACGGCGGAUCCAGGGGACACCAGCAUUGUCGUCAACGGAGCAAUUAAUUGGCAGGUUGGCGACCGCAUCGUCAUCGCGAGCAGCAGCUUCUACGGGAAUGAGGUGGAUGAGGCAACCAUCACAGCGCUCGACAACAGGACCGUGUCUGGCUGUACCGUCAUUACGCUAGACACGCCACUUCAAUACGUGCACUUGGGAGAGCUGCACAGCGUGCAGGGAUCUACCCCCUUGGACAUGCGCGCUGAGGUGGCCGUGCUCACACGUAACAUUUUGCUGCAGGGUGAUUACACCAGCGCCAAGAAUAUGUAUGGCGUGCAAGUCAUGGUUAAUUCGCCGUCAUACCUAACUAAUAAAGGCUUGGUGCGUUUUGACAACAUUGAGAUCACGCAGUCCGGCCAGGCUUUCCGCCUGGGACGCUACUCCAUGCACUGGCACCUCAUGGGAGACGUGGCAUGGCAGACAUGGGUUCGUGGCUGCGCUAUCCACCACACAUACAACCGUGCUAUCACCGUGCACGGCACGCACCGCGCCAUCAUCCAGAACGUCACGGCGUACCAUACCAUGGGGCACACGUUCUUCCUGGAGGACGGUAUCGAGUCUGGCAACCUCAUUGAAGGCAACCUGGCCAUUCAUGUCAAGGUAUCAGACGCGCUGCUCAACACCGAUACCAGCCCAGCCGCUUUCUGGAUUACCAAUCCAAACAACACUGUGCGCAACAACGUGGCUGCUGGUUCGGCGGCUUAUGGGUAUUGGUAUCGCAUGCUGGAUAAUCCCGAGGGCCCGUCAUACACGACGACCAUCUGCCCCAAGUUUACACCCCUCCUAGAGUUCACCAACAACACCGCCCACUCGAGCAUGUUUUAUGGACUGCGUAUCCACCCAGAGUUCUACCCGCGUAACGUACCCUGCAACGGGUUUUCUGGAACAUUUGAGCAAGUGCCUGCGGUGUUUAACGGCCUGGUGGCCUAUAAGAACGGCAUGAAGGGCGCCGUCGGCACUCAGGUUGGCAUGGUGCAGCUUGUCAACGUGAUAGCAGGCGAUAACGGUGGUGGGCCCCAGCAGCACGUUGUCAACGGGAAGGACCAUGGUGGCGAUCUUGAAUUGUCAUGGGUUGUCGACGACCGCAGCCGUGUGGGGGUGCAGAUCACAGAGAUGGCCGGUAUCGUGAAUGCUACCAUUUACUCGCGCACCAGUGUUGGAAAGCGCGGUAGUGCUGGUCAGUGGCCCUCAUGCCGCCGUGUGGCGGGUAUCAUUACGCAGAGUCCCGUCAAGGGCGACCCCAAGCACUCUGCAUUGAUGAGCCUAAUCAACGUAACAUUUGUGGACUUCAAGGGCUGGGAUGACUGCACGCUAUUCUCCAUGUUGGAGGCAUGCGGCAAGUGCAAGGACCAUCAGGGCGGCUCUACCACAUUCACAGCCAACAUCUCUAUCAUCACAUCAGACAACAGCAGCUCCAUGAUGUCAUACUGGAGCUGGGGCCACCAGGGCGUCUACCUUGACACAGACGGCACGUUACUGAACAACAAGUCGCUGCCCGCUUCGCUCUUGCCUAAUGUGGGCACCAACGUAACUCUUGGCCCCGGGGCUACCUGGCAUUCGUCGGUCGAAAGCGAGCUGUUUGAUCCCAACGAAUGCAAGUAUGUGCGGAACACACGCACAAGCAACAACGGAGCAUAUUGCAGCCCCGGCUUGUCGUUCCGCCGCGUGAUGCUUCAUGACCACACACCCCAGUCCAUCGGGAUCAAGGACCUCAUCCUCACGUCGGUGGCCACCAAUCGCUCCUCUCUUGUGCACUUCACCAAGUAUAACGAGUUUGGCUACCAGUUCACAAUCGCCACUGCCCGCGACUACUGGGUGCAGUGGGACAUGCCUUUCCGGGUGGAUCCAGAAACAUACGAGCUGCACAAGAUGGACUUGAUGAACACGAGUGACUACGUGUACAUUACCACAAAGCACAUUCAGGUCAAGGACCACUUCUCAAUCAAUAACAACGACCAGUGGAACAACUUGACCGCGAUGCCGCCUCCCACCAACUCAACCCACGGCAUGUUCUACUACAACAAAACCAAGGCGCCUAAUUCCUGGUGGUGGAGUAAUCUUUCGUACUACGACACCAAGUUUACGGUCUUCGUUGAUGGGCGCCUCGAUACUGCUCUCGACAUGAAGGCAUUCACCUGCCCUAACACGGGGUGCACCAAUGUACCCGAUGCCGUUGUGGAUACACGCAACAACACAUUGUACUGGUCUAACACCAGCACCUGGAACACGAGCGCCGUGAACAACUUCCGCAAACCAGUAGCUGGCGACAACGUCACCAUUCCGUACGGCUGGGACCUGGUCAUUGACGAGUCAACACCGCCGCUGCUGGCGCUGACCGUUCAGGGCAAUUUACGCUUUGACACCACGCGGGACAUCAACCUGACCGCUACCUAUAUUAUUGUCAUGGGCCAGGGUGUGCUGAGCGCUGGCAGCGCCACGGAGCCGCACCCCGCCAAGGCCACUAUUCGGCUGAAGGGUGCUCGCGACACACCCGACUAUGGCAUUGAUAAUAACUUCAACUUGGGCUCCAAGGUGCUGGCAGCUCUUGCAGGAGGCACAAUCAACCUGUACGGCAAACCGGCCCGUAAGCGCUGGAUCAAGUUAGGAUCCGCGGCACAGAUUGGCAACAAUGCCAUUAAUGUAUCGGACCCCAACCACGGCUGGAGUGUCGGUGAUAAGAUCCUGAUUACCUCCACCUCGUUUAACUGGAAUCAAAGCGAGUUCCGCAUCAUCACUGGGAUCCGCAACAACGGCUCCCAGCUGCUGCUGGACUCGCCGCUGGCCCACCCCCAUGGGGCGCGGGUCAAAGCUUAUCCCGGCGGCCCCACCGUGGAUAUGCGCGCGGAGGUUGGCCUGGUCUCUUCCAACGUCCUCAUUACUGCGGAUGAUGGCGAGAGUACCCACUCGUAUAAUGGAGAAAUGUUCGGUGCACGCGUAGUGGUUUCGGGCAACUCCACAGGCCGCUUUGACAGUAUGGGUAUGGCUUAUUGCGGCCAGGCUGGCUUUGACGAUCGCGCGUGCAUAUACUUUGACCGCAUGGCGCCAGUUACAGUGAUGCGUACGGACAAUGUCACCAAAAUUACAACGGUAUCCGCAGUUCCAAAUCCAUCAUUUGUUAAAGGCAGCGUGCUGCUGUAUGGUAUGGCCUCGAACGUGCUCAUUUAUGGCAACCCCUCAGUUGCGAGCCCUGUCACCCUGGCCGACAACAUCAUGUACGAAGCGUUCGACAAACACAGUGUAGACGUACAAACAAGGGACAACGUUAUCCGCAGCAACCUCGUGAUCGGCACCAUUAAGAAUAUGACUGAAAGGAGUGGUAAUGAUGUUAGGAUGCCGUCGUCCUUCCGCAUCGUGUACGCAUCUAACUGGGUCACUGACAACGUGGCAGCUGGUUCGGAACGCUACGGCUUUGCGUACUACGGUUUACCGUGCAGCAACUUCACAAAUGGCUCCUUCCGCAACAACACGGCCCAUUCAUCCCUUGCCGGCCUGUGGUUUCAAGCCAGUCCCGAGGCACUCCUCCAGGGUUGUGCACAGUUGACGAACUUCACCACAUACAUGAACUGGGACUUCGGUAUCAUCUCCACCCACGGAGUUUCGACGGACAUUGUCCUGAAGGACGUCAAUAUCCUGGACACCAAGCACGCGGGCAUCCAUCUAAUGCGUUAUGGUGAAAUGACCGACAAGGGCUGGAUGCGCUGGGACGGUGGCCUCCUUGUUGGCCAGUCGAGCAAUGAUGUCUGCUCUGCCUGCACGAAGCGAGGUGACCCUGGCUGCCACCCUAAGAUGUCCCUCCAGUCAUUCAAUCAGUAUGACCCCUUCACACCAGCAGUUGGCCUGCAGUCGUCACAGUUUGCACUGGGGUUUGCGGUGGGCCCCGAGAAGAAGCCGUUCGACAAGCCCAUGGGCUACUCACUAAUCCAUGGCAUGUUCAACAUCAGCGGUAUCACCUUGGCGGACUUUCUGGGCCCCGCGGGCUGCGGAGGCUCACAAAGCGGCACUUAUGCGUUGGCGAACCAGCCUAAGGCGCCAGAAGCUUUCUAUCCGCACUAUUUCUCCAAAAUUAACGUCCAAAACGUCAGCACUGGGGUGAACCAGGGGAUGUUUUAUCACACCCCGCCCGACCCUGACUGGCGCAACGAGGCGGACUGUGGAGAGGCGGUCUAUACGCGGCCCGACGGCUCCCAGAUCAAGCUUAACUGUGCCGGUCCGGCACACGCCUACUGGCGGGAUCUGGAUGGCUCACUUACCGGCACCGUCAGCACCACCGCGGGCAUCUUCACGUCCAAACGUGUGUUCCCAAUGGAUCAGGGCUCACCCGUGCUGCCUGGGGCAUGCACAUACUCUGAGUAUCAGGAUUCGUAUCAGUGCGUCGUUAACUCGACCUCAUACAUAGCGGAGGCUGGCCUGGACCUAAGAUACAAGCCUGACCCUGUGCCAGCGGAUGGCAUUUGGGGCGACCCGCAGAUGCUAGUGCUCGAGAGCCGUGACAAAGACACUGAGGACCGCAACUUUGGCCCUGUAUUCUUCAACGUGUCUGGCUCAAUCGACCUGGUGACGGCAGCCAUGGAUCAUGGCUGGUGCUUUGCGUACACAUGUCAGAAGCGGCUGUCAACCUUCUGGACCUACGUGCCAACUGGGCAGACAGUGUACAUCAACUUCACAAGGACGCCUUCACAAAGCUUCCGCAUCUGGUUUCCCUACGCAGACCCCGACAAGGAAAUUGUCUUGGUUAUCAAUAUGCUCUACACCCUUAACCGUCGCUUCACCUGGCUGCCGCCUGGUAAUGGCAACACCACGGGCCGAGUGAUGCCAUUGGACAAGCCUAUAAGAAUUGGUGAUGGCACACCUCACGGGUCGUACUUCUGGGACCAAGAUAACGCGCUGCUGUAUGUAAAGAUCAAGGGUGGCAUGACGGUUGAGACACGCACUGAGAGCGCUGUGAUGGUUUCACAGUCUUUCGCUGUAACGAUUGACAACUUCUACGCACAGCAGGCGGUCUUCCUGAAGAACCUCGCAGCUGUAAUGGGUAUUGAUAUGAACCGUCUCUAUGUGGCGAAGAUUGUGGCUGGCUCCGUAAGCGCCACGAUUGGCCUCGAACCAGAUAAGUCCAUUCCCGUCGAUCCAUUGCUUGAUAAUACAGUCUCGGCCGCUGUGGAUCCCACUGACCCUGUCGUCACUGACCCAGCCAUCACUGCAGCCAACUCCAGCAUUGUGGCUGUCUUUGUGGUUCGGCGUCGUGCUAAGGGGCCCUUGCCCGUGUUGCCAAGUGGUUCACCGAGCACCAGUGAGGUCAGCAGCUCCAUGUCGUCACCUCCAGCGGCCGGCCGGCCUGGCAGUGCGAGUACACGCCAGGCCUUCGUGGCGACCAACCCCGCCUAUGAGACGCCUGGAGAGCGUGCCGCAGCUUUACCAGCUAGCGUCGCUGCGGUACCCGUGCAGGGGCCCGAGGAGAACCCCACUUCGCCGCGUGCCAGUGUGUUGGCCGCCGGACCAACCCCCCUGAGCCCAGCGCAGUUUAUCGGUCCACUCGCCUCCACUGCCCGUAUGCCACAUAGCAGCCUACCGCUUGUUCCACCGCGUACACCAGUGGCCGCAGUCGACGCCAUGGAAGGGGAGGCCAUGUUGGCCCCGGGUGCAUCUGUCAGUGUGGCAGCCGCUGCCAGUGGCGCCAUCGCGACCACUGCCAGUGGCUCGGUUGGUGGCUCGCGCUCACCAGCACAGCUGACACCUGGCCAGCCAACCACCAACCACCCUUCAGACACCACUGUCACGAGUCCAUCGAACAUGGCCACUGGCAGCACUGGCAGUAAGGUGGACAGCGCGGAGAUUGAGCAAGUGCCAGAUCACGAUCAAACCAAGGCCGCAGCGGCCGAGGGUGCCCCUGCAGCUGUGCACGUGGUAGCGCCUCCCGGCACGUCCCCAGCCCCUGUCACUGGGGACGCGACGGAUGCCGCGACCACGCCAAAGGCGCGCAUGCCUGCCAGCCUGCAAUAG